AAUUGUGGUGGGAUUGGAAUCAACGUUAGUGAUAUCUGUGCAAAUGGUAAUUAUAUUAAAGGAUCUAGUAGAUAUUCUUCCGGUGUAUGUAGAAUGCUUUGUGAUUAUAAUGAAACGGUCAAGUACGUUGACCAGGGAGGUAACAAAUGCAAGGGAGUACCAGAGUUACGUACAACAGAUCUGAAUCCCUGUAUUGCCAUUCCAGAUAUAUUUAUAGUACGUGUUCAAGAUGAUGAUUAUUGGACUAUUUUUUCACCUAUGGAUGCAAAGAUAUCACUAGGAUAUGAUCUAAACGGAUUAUAUAGUCAGAAAUUCAAUGAUGCAUAUAUUCGUUAUGAGGUAGAGUUAAAACACAAGAAAACGAUCAAAGCACAGAAGUUAUUUUUUGAUAUAAUCAAAAUGCAAUGUAAUACUAGUGAACCGUUUUUGUUCUUUAUUGAUAAUACCAAUAAAAAAUCCAACCAAAGCAACAUUGAACCAAUCGUGACACCAAACCUAUGCACAGAGAUUGUCGAACAUACAGAAAGUAUAUCUGUUUGUAACCUUCGUGCUAUCAUUUUACCUAACCAUAUUUCUUCAGAAAAUGAAUUUGAUUUCACCGAAUUACAACAUUCUGUUAGACUGCUUGUAAACUCAUGUGAUCGAUCAAUCGAUCUAACAUCUUACCCAUUGUCAGA